GCGGUUUUAAUCGUUGACUUCCGUCAAACACUCACGAAUAUUUUCAUACGGUACCAACACUAGUCCCGAGCUGCGUGUUUUGUUGAUAAAUUUGGCUGUUGGAAUUUUCAAAAAAUUUUCAAGUAAUUCAAAAGCGACAACAUGCCGGACGCGUCAGCUGUUGAAAAGGAUAAACACAUGAAGCAGCUCAAAAGGCAGAUGGAAUGUUGGCGGGAGGUAAUUCUACCAUUAAAUUCAAUUCUCUUGUGGGAACAGUCUUGGCAUCCUGGAUUGAUACUUGGAAUCACGACAUCUAUUUUUCUGUUGUUAUGGUUCAUGGAUCCAGCCAUACUCACAGUCACAUCUUUGGGUCUAUUGUUGUUGGCAUUAGGUGACUAUCUCGGACCAAUCCUGAUCUCCACAUUCUUCUCUGCAAAUAGUUGGACUGGUCAAAAAGAACGUAAGCUAGAUGAAAUAUGCCAAAGAAUAUCUAAUGCAUUUCUACAAAUGCAAAAUAUAUGGAAAACUGCCCUCUGGGCGAGAACCAAUCAUGCCAACAUGUAUUACGGGGUGAUAUCUGCAGUUCUUGUGGUACUUGCACUGAUUGGAAAUACAGUCAACAACUUGUUCCUGAUGUAUGUCAUAGUGAACAGUAUCCUCCUUCUACCAGGUCUAAGACACAAUGGGAGGAUGCAGCAGCCCAUCAAAUUCAUAUGCAGCUAUUUUACGCGUCCAAAAUCAUCGUAAUAACCAUUUAUUCUCAAUUUCUGAGAGACCAUAUUCGCAUUUUGUUGAUAUAAUUUUUCAUUUUCCAUAACGGCAGUUUAUCAAAGUAUACCUAUAUUAGAUCUAGGUAAUAAUUUUUAAAUCUUAUUCAAUUUCUUCCCGAUUAUUCUUCAUUAUUAAUUUUUUAUCACAACUUAAGAAACCACGUUUAUGUUUUGACUGAAUCUAAUUUUGUAAUAAGUUACGACUAACUAAUCACAAUCAUUCAUGCACCUUAUACUUUACGCAACUUCGUUUAAGAUCGCUUGUUGUAAUUAUUAAGAAAACGUCAUUUGCUAUCCUAUCUGCCCCUCACAUUCAAUUAAUUUACCGGAUUUAUAUCGCGCAAAGAAUUGGGUGGCCUAUUAAUCUUCAGGAUAUUCUUCACUUGAAAGAAUGUAAUGUGGUCGUAGGAUCUGAAAUGUUUUCAUGAAUACUUUAGCUACAUUGAUUCCAACUAGUAAAAAAUGAAAAAAUUAGCACGUCUACUAUCAAAAAUAAAUAUGUGCUACUGGAUCACAAGCGAUCGUGGAACUUGAUUUCUUUCAGCACUAACGUGAUCCUUAUUUGUAGGAAAAUAGUUUCAUUACUCGCGUUAUUGUGAUGAUCAUUAUUUCAUACCGAAAGAUGUUUUUAAAGUAUCGUACGAAGUUCUUCUGUAAGAAAAUGCUACUUAAUAUGUAUAGUCUAAGUCUAAGUUUGUAUCCUGGUAAUCAAUAGUACCAAAUUGAUUUCGUGAGUAUAUUGUAUCAGUAGUAUUAGCGAAAAAUGUAACGUUUACUUGAAUUAGCUAUUACAUUUUUACAUUAUUCGCCAAUUAACGUUGUGCUGUGAAUUUUUGUAUUUGAAUAUACAUACAUAAAUGUCCUUUACUUGCAUGUGAUGAUUUGAUGUAUGAUAAAAUAUUUGUUUUUCCAAUUGUUAUAUUAAUCAUACUUAAUAAAAAUGAUAAUAAAAAUGAUAAUCAGUGA